AUGGACCACUCGCAAAUUCCAAUCGUGACAGCCGAGCUGAUCAAGAUGUGUCCUCCAAGCUUGUUGGAGAACGUGAGAGCGCUUGACAGGGAGUCGUGGUUGACCGCUCAAGACCAAAGCGGCGAGCCUUUUUCUGUCGGGUGCGCGAUUUGCAUGGAGCUUCUUAUCCCUCGUGAUCAAGAUGUGUUUGCUCGAUUUGAGGUGCGCACAGUUGAGGCGCUGAAGCCUUACAGAAUCAAGGCUCAUGCGAACAGCCAGGCCCACCAAGCGGCUGUGUUGAGGAUGCUGAGCCAUGAGCCAGGUGAACCAGUUGAAGUUGGCGACCAGCUGGCUGCGCCAGCGGCAGAGGUUUUCAGCAGCCUCUUGGCUUGGAUUCGCAAAGGAGGUUGCCUUCGAGACGGCGUGCCAAAUGUCGGCCAUUUCAAGAAGGCAAAGAUGCUGUCGUGGACGCUGGCUGAAGCUCUACGCCGGACAUACCGGACAUGGCUGGCUGCCAGCAACACAGUGGCGCUACUGAGAGACGAGCGUCACAGCCGUUUGCUUGUGAGAUUCAGAUGCGCCAACUCGCAAGCCAGACGCUUUGUUGGAGUUCUCGCGCAAGGCAAGCUCGUCAAAAACACGGCGACCAAUGUGACGAAUCUCACGAAGCAGUUGCUCAAUGAGUUUUGCACCACCAACUUCGGCUGCCCAUAUUACGCCAAGUCAGGCCACGCCGACAUAGCCUCUUUUGACAGUGGACUAUUUGAUCACAUACGGGAGCACAUUCACAGUGUGACAGUUGAUGCUGCGUCUGAUGAGAUUGCUGCGUGUACAAACAUGCAGCACGCAGACAGUUCCACUGCGGUGGAUGGAGCAGCUUUCUGCCCCAACAUACUGGCAGUGAUCCGAGACAAGGCACAUUGUAGCCGACGGAUUCUAGCGCGACCGUGGUCGUGUGAUCCAUAUUUGGAUUUGGUGGCGGGCGUGCUUGUUUCUGAGAAGAACUCUCUCUCGCAAAUGAUUCAAUAUUCCGAUGAUUUUCGGGCGUGGUUCUUUGAGUGCUGCAGGGACGCGACCACAAAAGCCACAACUACCGAGUUCAAACACCUGAGAGCUGCAAAACAUCGCUAUGAGUCGCUGACUGCGCCGUUGACUCGCAUCUGCUUGAACUGGGAGGCAGUCAUCAGCUUCUUGGUCAAGGUGAGCCUUGAACGCCGCUCUCCAGCUUCUCAGGCAAUUCUUGAUGCACUGGAUGCAGAAAUGAUGCUGCAGUCGGGUCUUCUGGCCGACGCAACGGACGAAGCGCAAAUCCUCAUUCGCUUCUUCGACACCGGUGACCCGGAUUCGGGCAAGAUCUCCGCCAGUGUGGCCACGUUUCUUCAGCGCCUGCACUACUUGUUCGACGAGCAAAACGUGUGGACAUCCGCUGGGUACACGCUGGCCACAUUGAGGUUUCUGGAGGCACCAACUCAUAUUGUGGUGAGAGGAGAAGUUCGAUGCAUUGGUGGGCCCAACGCCGUUCCCGCCCAGCUGCGCUCCCGUUGCCUGUCGCGGAUGCUGGCAUGGUGCCGCUGCCCCUCCUGGGCCAGCCGGCGCUCCCCAAGCUUCGAGCUGGUCCAGUGCUUCAGCGCAUUUGACAUGGAGUGCUUUGAGCAGCAGGCAGCAUCGAUGACCGCGAGCAACCUUCAGUGCUCAGAAGCGUUGCGGCGAGUUGCGUCGUCCCUGCAGUUGGACUUGGAGGAGCUCAUUUCAGAGUACCUUGACUUGGGUUCCAUUGCCCUGGCUUUCUGGAGGAACCAGAAUCGAGAGCGCAGUAACUUGCAAUGCUGGCAGCACGCAAUCGAUUCCACAAGCAGUAGUGCAGCUCGAAGGCGCCACCCUGUUAACUCGCUGGCAGUUGCGCUUGCGCACUACGGGUGCAUGACUUCCUCUGACAGUGUGGUGGAGCGUGACUUCUCGCGUGUCAAGCAUGUCCUGGGCGAGAAGCGCCUUCAAUGCGCAAUAGAGGCCGAGAAUGACAUUGUCGUCAUUGCGCUGAGCGACCCAGAUUUAGACAACGAAGUCAUCCGCACCGCUCAGCAGGUUUGGAAGGAAGCCUACGGUGUCUGCAGCAGGGCAAGAUCGAAAGUGCGCUUUGACAAAGGCGUUGUCAAAAGCCGUAGCAGACAAAUCGCGGAUGGCUUUGAUGCUGCCAAUGGCGAUGACUCAGGCAAGGCGGUGUCAGAAACAAUGUUUCGCAAGACAAGACGGCAAGAUGUUGCGGCCAAGAUGGCUGCGGGGGAUGUGGCUGCAGCCAGUGAGGUUGUGCUGGCUGACCCGUCAAGCGCAUGGACUGCUGCUCACGAUGAAGAGCUACGGUUCAACUGCAAGAAACAGUUGAAGCGAGCCUACGAGUGUUUGGAGUCUGGAACGCUGAACAUUUCUGAGCUGCCUGAUGAGCUCCGCGGCGAGGCCAGGAAGUAUUUGCAAUCCAGGCACUCCAAUAUGUUGGAGCGAGAGCGAGCAGAGCGCCGGCUGGCUAAGCAGACCUUGCAAAGGCUUCCUGACCCGGAGGAGUUGUAUGGCCUGGCCGUGCUCGUUGAUGAUUCAUUGAGGACUAGGGCACUGGACGCUGCAAUGGACAGCAUGGGCUGGCAUGUCACCGCAGCCCACGAUGCCAAAGUCGUUGUGCUUGACGGCAUCAACUCCGCCCUGCCUGUGCACCUUGCCAUUGCAGCUGCGCUUGGUGGCGUAUGGCUUGUGACACCCGACUUUGUGUGUGCUUACAAAGGGGCUGCCAUCAAGCUUAAGCCUGCAGCCCGCACCAAGCGCAAGGUCUUCUGCACUCUGAAGUUUCAGACGGAGCACUCCGAAGAGUUUGCUGUGCUCCAAGCAUUUCAAUCAAACCAGUUUCGGCUGAUCAAUUCACUUGAAGAAUUCGCAGUUGCUAAACAGCAAGCUGAAGAUUGCCGGAGCUCUGCAUCAGUUCUGGCGUUGCUGCAUGAAUCCGAGAAGCCAGUGUUUGCAGGCAUUAGCCAUUGCUGGACUCCUCAGGAAUUCAGAGACUUCGUUUUCCAGGUUGAUCUGGAGAAGACGUGUCAGGGCAAGUGA